AUGAGACAAGAGGCCCUGGUGAGACAAUUUCUGUCCAACUUUGCCGUCGAUGACAUAAUGCGAAGAACAGUUGAGCAGUGUCCCGCCGAUGUCAUUUUAGGACCAUCUGCCCGCAUCUUGGUGGAUCUCGAGUACGCCGACGAUGUAGUAAUAUUUACUUCAAGUAGCGCGAAGUUGCAGCAUAUUGAUAACCUUAUAUCGAAAUUAGCUGAAGCCUAUGGACUGCGACUCCGCCCAGAUAAGUACAAGCAAAUGUGGGUCUCUAGGAGGACGUCAACAAGAGUCGAAGUGAACGGAGAACCUAUCGAACUAGUGGAUGAGUUCUGUUAUUUGGGUUGUAUGCUGGAAACGAUGGCAGCUUCGAGAGAGAUAUUUAGCAAAGAUGCAUUAAAGCUAACUCGGCAUUCAACUGAUUGA